UGCGUAUCUGUGUUGUCUCAUUUUAUACUCUCACCUGCAUCGAUCCGCUUGGAAAAACGCUUAUUUCUGUUACAUUUUUCUCCAGCAAAACUCACUCACUCACAAGCACACCCACACGGUCGCCAGGCUGGGAGAUGCAUUUUCCCGGAGUUGGUUUUCCCCGGAAAAGCCUGCCUGUGAGUGUGGGCUUGUGGUUGGGUGGAAAUGAGUGGGAGUGUGUCUGUGUAUGUGCACCUGUUCUCAUGCGCUUUUCACACAAAAAACCAUCGCAUUUCGCUAAUUGGGUAAGAUGGGGAGAUACAUUGCAAUUAGAGCUAAUUGGAAAAACGUAUGGAUAAACAACAACAGCAACAACAACGAAACGCUUUUACACUGCAACUAAGAAAAACUACCGAAAAUAUCCAAAUGAAAGCACAAAAUGAGACGCAACAUCUAUCUAUCUAUAUCAGCCAUGGAAUCAUAGAGUUCCCUCUCGAUUAUGCAUACUAUAUAUUUUGUUCCACUGUUGUUCAUGGGAUGCCAUUCAGUUCUCCUUGAUUCAGAUAUUCCCAAUCGCACUCACACACAUUCCAAAAAGCCAAAACCAAAACCAGAUCCAGAUCCAGAAAAGCAAUAUAAACCCGCACACAUGAGUAUCAAAUUUCUUACAUUUUUCCCCACAUAUGAUUUUCGUUCUUUUGUUUUUAAAAUAUUUAUAAAAAAAAAGAUGAGUAACUUUUGGUUUCGCUUUUGUUGACAACGAUGAUUGAUCAGGAUGAUGAUGAGCAGUUCGGUUUUAGAGUUCUGUCUAGGUAAAGCGGUCAGGAUUAGCCCCUAUAUGUAUGCUAUAUAGUUUUACUUUUAAUUUAUUUUGAAUCCCUGAGAACCUCCGGAGCCGCGAAAAUCGAACUGAAAACGAACGUAGACUAAGUCCUGCCACCGAAUCUAAAUGCCUUGUGUUGUAUUGUCUGUACCGGAAACUCGUAACUCCAAUUCCAACUCCAUCUUAAAUCGAACCCCGUGCCCGCCUGAACCUGAACCUGAACCUCCAACUGAAAUGAAUCGUGAAACGAACCUGGUGCCGAUGCAGGUCCUGGGCCACCCGACGACAGCAUGCCGUGUCGCCACCACCAGCGCAUCAAGCAUCUCAGCCUGCGACACCAGCGAAAACACCAGCACACGCACCACCAAAACAAACCCCAACACUACCAUCACCACCACCAUCACCAGCUGCCCCAGGAUCUCAAGGGUAAAUCCGCGCCAGCGUCACAGGGCGUUGCCUGUUCCCCCGCCACUCCUCCGCCCCCUAAUCUUCCGCCGCCAACGCCUGCCUGUGCCUGUAUUUCCGCCGAUGCCCUAGCUCCCGGACACGGACACGGAUCCGUAUCUGGCGGCAGCCUGACUAACCUAUCGUCGAGCCACGACCCGGAGCCGGAGUUUGAUGCCUGUCCGUGCGAUGAGUGCUUCGCCUGCGCCCCGCCCAGCACCAGCGCCACGGCCAGCACGCUCCUGGCGGACGAGUGCUACUCACAGACCGCCUCCUCCAUGCUGAGUGCUACCCGCUGUGCCCUGUCCACGGUGGCAGCGAUAGCCACGGGCAGUGGUUUGGGCAGCGGACCCAGUACCAGUGCCGCGGCAGCGGCAGCCUCAACUGGUGGCGUGGCCUCCUCCUCCGCCUGCUCCUCGGCCUACUUCUCCACGUCGGCGCCAACGACCAGCAGUUCGGUGCACAGCAGCAUGUCGCGAUCUAACAGCAAGCGGCUGAAUAACAACACUUGCAGCAUCAACAAUAACAAGCUCAGCUUCCGCAGCGGCAGCCACGUGAGCCAGCUGCACCUGCCCACGCAUCAGCAGCAUCAGUCGCAUCAUCAGCUGCAUCAUCCGCUGCCUCCAGGGCAUCAUCACUCCCAGCCAAAUCCGUUGCAAUCGCCCACGCAAAAGUCCGUAUCGGAGGACGAGGGCGAUGCGGCGGCUCCCGAUGAUGGGGAGACGGACGGCGAGGAUCCCAAGAGUCCGAACAGUGUGCAGUCCGAUCUGUCGGACACCUUCGACUGGUGGUUCAAUAAGCCCAAGCGUAACUCUAAAAAGAGCAGCAAACGUUCUACACCGAGUCAAUUAAAUAUAAACAAUGGAUUUAAUUUAACACCAACACAUAGAUCGUCUCCAGUGAGUAGUUGUUGUGGCAGUAGUAGCCAGGGGCGAUCCAGUCCGGACACGGAUCCCGCCGAGCCGCCCGAAUUUCCGCUGAGUCCAGGUUAGCAUGCCUGGGUUGGUCCACGACCCGACACUCUUUGCAGAUCGCGAUCCUACGGAUCGUGAUCGACGUUGACAUAUACCUACUAUAAGUGUAUGUACAUGUUGAUGUUGCCGUUGCUCUCCUCCGUUCCUUCCGUUUCGUUUCGUUUCAUUUCGUUUUUCUUUCUGAUUUUCCAAUUAUUGUUUUCCCGAGCAACUUGAUGUGUUACCACCCACCAACCACCACCGCCUCUCUCUCCACUCACUUUCUUUGACGUCGUCCACUCUCGGAAGUGAAUUGCAGAGGACUCUUUCUGUUCUAUCUUUUUGUUGAAGCAACUAUUUAGCCAAGUGAUCGUUUUGAAGUUCUCCUACUUUCGCCACUUUUGAUUUGCCUUUCACUCUCCUUUUUCUCUCUGUACCAUAUAUAUACUAUAUGUAUAUUCGAUAUAUAUAUUUGCAAACACCUUUUGUUUGCGCUUCGUUUUGCUUUCUGGCGAUAUUUCGAUAUGAUUCUAUGAUAUUUGUAUAAAAAAAAGACACACACCACGGAUCCGUUGAUUAUUUGUACCAGUGUAAAAGUGUAAAAGCGAUUAUGUUGUUCUUUCAGUGUACGCUCACCACCAAAAUCACCAACCAAAUGUUGUUCUGCGCUCCACAUCAUUACAGCCACGAUUAACGCCGAUUUCCAUUAAGCUAUAUCUGCUAUAUAUCUCACCCAACCAAUCACCAAUAAAAAUAAAAUAAAAGCCGCUUUGCCCAGCGCCAAAUGAGUUACUGUGUUUGCUUUGUUCGCAUUUUUAUUUUACCUUUGAGUGUCUAUAUAGAGUAUCUAUAAUUACCACACACAGCAUUAUGUUUUCAAAGUCCAGCUAAAGUGUUUUGCCGUGUGACACGAAAGGUAUUUCCAAUUGCGACUAAUAUGCGUAGUCCCAAUCCCCCUAAACCCCGUAGCCUAUGUAUUUGCAUCCCGAAUUUGUUACUUUUUAAUCUUAAAAACCUAAUAUUUAUAUAUCCUGUGUGUAAGCGUGUGUGUGUCUGAGUAUUCCCUUAUAUAUAUAUAUAUAUAUUUGUAAUGUUAUGUGAACAACUAACCAGCAUUUUUUUCAGUUACCUUUAUAGUUUUUUUGUACGACUCUAAUUUAUAUCAGCUUCCGAGCCUAUAGUUUUCUUCCAACUAAUUCUAUACAACUUUUAGAUCAAUUACUAUGUAUUCUUUUUGAUUUCGUUUUGUACUUACUUAAACAUUAAUGGGAACCACAACCUGUUUGUGUUCCUGCUAGCCAACUAAGUCAACUAUCUCGAACGAAGCCUUGUGCCUUACGGACCUCACUAACAAUAUCUC